UCGUUCAUUUCAAUGUUAAUGCCGAACAAAGUGUAGUUUUACAAGGACAGAUAGUUUAUUUAUAAUACGUAUUCGAACCAGGACGCGUGUGAAAAUAUGAGCGCUAAAGGCAAUUUUUGUGUUUAUUUGAUUUGUUUAAUACAUGCUAAGGCUAACUGGCGAGUGUGUUUGUUGUUAGCGUCUAUGCUAGCCGCUUGCUAACGAGGUGUCUGCCACAAGCUAACCUCCGCAGACAAACCGCAAUAAACCGUUACCCCGCCAUGCUAGCGUCAGCUAACAAUGUCGCGUUAACCGUCAGGACUGUUUACGCGUGUUUGCUGUUAUUGUCACAUUCGUCCAUGUGAUUUGCUAACCGUACCACACAUCUGUAAACACCCCGCUCGAAACGUCAGGUUCGGCCGCCUCGAAGGCGUAAGCCUGGUGUUAAUAACAUCUGGAAUAACGUAACCUUGGGUCUCUCCUCCGCGCUCCCUCCGCUCAACACAGAUUUCAAUGAAAUCUUUGCAGAACCCCCGACCUCCUCCACAAUAUGGGAUAGGCUUAUUAUUAUAGGAACAGCUCUAUCUGCAGCUACACGAUGGAUAACGAGGAGAGUAAGAAGUGCCGAGGAGAGAAGCUGUCCUCUGCUUUGGACAACACCCUGGAUGAAUAUUUAAUCGCCCUCCAGCAUAAAAACAGGAUCCUGAAGCGCCUUCAAAUCAAGGACUCCAGGGAGAUCGAGUUGGAGCAGCUGGAGCAGGGCUUUUCCAUUUAUCUUAACGGCGCCAACGCUGAAGCCAGUAGGAAGCAGCCCAAGGGCUCCAAGCAAAAGUGUGUCACCUCCUCGCCGGCCUGGAGACCUGCGAGUACAGCAGAUGUCUGCCGAAGCGGCCACCAGUUGACUGGAGACCGUCGCAAUCCGGAGCAGACGGGCGGGAAGAGGAGCCACACUGCCCCCGGAAAGGUCCAGAGGAAAGAAUGGGUGCAGGACUCGGUCAGAAUUUGCACCGAGGAAGGACCACGGUUGCACAUCUGUCCAGAGAAGCGCUACUCUGAGGAUUUUGAGCCAUAUGAGAGCGUAGACAUGGAGGUAGAGUCAAGACAUGUCACACUGUCUGUGUGGGUGCUUUUUUUUGAGGGGGCGGAGCUUUGUGUCAGUCGCAGCCGCCGCUUCUACUUGGCAUCUCUCCCUCUCUUCCAUUUCCCUUUAUUACUAUUCACUUUUUUAAAAUCACAGAACUCCAGUCCACGCUCGCCUCGUAGUUCCUGCAAGGCUUCGCCCUCCUUCAGCUCCAGGCACGAGAGCCAAGGAGGCCAAGCAAAUCCGGAGCACAGUGAGAAGGUUCUUCUCAACCUCGAAGAAGUGAAGGUCCUGCGUCGGAGCCUGGAGGUCAGCAUGCGCCGCAGCCACCGGGGCUCGGCGGGGGAGGAGUCGGACGAGGAGUGGGUGGAGGAGCAGAUCGAGAGGGAGGAAAGCGCAGAGAGCCUGGACGAACUGGGGCUGCCUCUCUCCUCCUCCAAGUCCUCCUCCGACGCUCCGCCCAGCGCCGCCCGAAGCCGCUUUGACUCCUCAAACCUCAUCGUGCUGGACUUUGGACCCUCGCCUAAAGGUCGUAAGAUUGAACGCUCUCUGUCUGCAAAGAGGAAGGAACACAGUGACACCUUUAUACCCAGCAAGCCCCUGUUGGUGAAGAGCAAAACGUUAGAUAGGCCGCCUUCCAAAGAAAGCUGGGAGGGGCCACGGGGUCGGGCGGAGAGGCCCCUGUCGGGCGCCAGGAAGGCUCCUGCUGAGGAGCGGGACCCGGAGGAGACGGCGUGCAGGGUGCGCCAAGCCAUCCGGAGGGAAAACGAGCCCGUGCAGCCUGCUGAGCUCCUCAACCGCAACACGGGCAGGGGACACCAGAUGAUGGUGAUGAAUGGCUUAGUGCACAACCACAACAAUGAGAGCAGAGUCACUGCGGCCAUGCAGAGGAUCACGCUCAUGGGCCCCGGGCAACAGCAGAAGCUGCUGAAGGCGCUGGAGAAACUGGAAGCAGCACCGAGCCUCAGCGCCUCCCAGAGGGCCGGAGGUCACUGCGCCGAGGUCACCCCCGCGUUGUACGUCACCAUGGAGAUCCUGUCCAACUGGGGGAACGCGCUGCAGGUCGGGCUGACGGAGUUGCAGUUCUUCGGCCCCGGAAACAAGAAGCUGUUCGUGUCGCCCCACGACCUCGACGUCAGGAACGCCGACUGCCCCGGGAACCUGGGGGCGCUCGUCAACGGGAGGACGAAGACCACCAAAGAGCGCCACAUGUGGACGUGUCCGUUCCACCCGCCCAUCCAGCUCUACUUCAUCAUCAGGAACGCCGAGCGCUCCCCAGACUUCGGGAUUUCUCGCAUAAGAAUCUGGAACUACAACAGAAGCCUCAAUGAUCUAGACAUCGGUGCACGGCGUAUAAAGCUGUACCUCAACAGCACCUCGGUGUUCGAAGGCGAGCUGGAGAAGGGCUGCGGCAGCCAGGUGUUUGACUACAGCACCACCAUCGACCUCCAGGACUUCCACCUGUCAGACUCCUUGUUCUCCAGCCCCGUGUCUUCAGGACACAAUCUACGGGGGGCGAGCCCCGAGCGCCACGAGGACAGGACAGUGGAGGGCAGCACCACCCACCACCACCACCACCACCACAGUUGGAGUCAGCAGCCGCCAGACGCAGGCCAGGCCAUGAUGGACACGCAGGAGAAACCACACGCGCCGCUCCCUCCCGUCACGCCGUCCUCCUCCUCCCAGAGACGCUCUUUUGACCUGUCCGUCUUAGAGGAGCCCCUCUGUCUGCGGCAGGAGGAGCAGACGGUCACCACCCAGCCGUCGGCGUCCCGCGUGGCCCCCCAGUGGCUGCAGCCGCUGACCCGAGGAGCUCCGGAGGGGUGCGAGGGCAGCAGGGAGCGGCCCCGGUGGCUGGUGCCUCAGCACUCGGCAGAGCCCAACCUUCCCGCCGCCCCGCCCCCCUCCUCGUCCCCCUCCUCGUCAUCGUCAUCCUCGAUGCUGCCGUGUAACCCGGGCCGAGUGUGCAGGGCGAUCGAAAGGACGGCCAACGGGGGUCAGUGGAAGGCGGACUCUUUGGACCCGAGCGGCGAGCUGCUGGAGGAGCUCGGCGAGCAGAAGCCGGACCGACCCGUGAGCGGGCGGAGGAGCUCCUUCCGAAGCUGCGCCGUGGUUGCCAGGCCGACGGAGGAGCAGCAGCACGGAGCUUCUGUUCUGUCAAACACAGAGGAGCCGAUGUCCCUGGGGAACCCGAGCAGGAGGCCGUGCCCCCCCCUGGGCCCGCUGCACAGCCACCAGGACGACACCCUCAUGGAGUCCUGGGACUCUCUCACCAAGUUCAACCAAUUCCAGCGCGGACGCAUCUCCAACAUGGACUUCGAGGGGGACAUCUUCGACGAGUUCCUCCAGCGGCAGGGCCGCGCCCCGCCCCCAGUCCCGGGAAACCCCUCCACGGCGCCCGGGAGCCCGCACGCCGCCUCCGCCGCGACCCGCGAAGGCCUCGACGAGCGCGAGGACGAGUUCGAGAUCCCCGUGCUGCCGCGGGGCCAGAGGCUGGUCCUCAACAUCCUGUCCACCUGGGGCGACCGCCACUACGUGGGCCUCAACAGCCUGGAGGUGUUCAGCUCCAGCGGCGAGCCCCUGCGCCCCGCCCGCAUCCGCGCCGACCCCCCGGACAUCAACGUUCUCCCCGCCUACGGCAAGGACCCGCGCGUGGUCACCAACCUGAUCGACGGCGUGAACCGCACCCAGGACGACAUGCACCUGUGGCUGGCGCCGUUCACCCCGGGGCGAAGCCACGCCGUCUUCCUGGACUUCGGCGCGCCGUUCCAGGUGGCCAUGAUCCGCGUGUGGAACUACAACAAGUCGCGCAUUCACUCCUUCCGCGGGGUGAGGGAGGUGGAGAUGCUGCUGGACGGAAGGUGCAUCUUCAGGGGCGAGAUCGCCAAGGCUUCUGGGACCUUGUCCGGAGAGUUGGACCAGUUCGGCGACACCAUCCUGUUCACGACCGACGACGAGAUCCUGGAGGCCAUGUCUCGCUACGACGAAACCUUCCUCGGCGAAGGCGAGGGCCCCGAGAGCCGCGCGGCGGAGGAGGAGCUGCAGAGGCCGCGCACCGCUGAUGGAGAGGGGGAGGAAAGACCCUUCACACAGGCCGGCUUCCGAGAAGAAGACCUAAAAUUAAAACUCCUCCUCAACCCCACGGUGAGUCUGUCCAUGGAGAACAUGGAGCUUGUUCCCGGGACGUACACCGGAAAGUGCCUCAGACUGGAGCUGCUGCUCACUUGGGGCGACUCCCACUACAUGGGCCUUACGGGGUUGGAGGUGGUGGGGACGGAUGGAGAGGCUUUGCCUGUAGACCUCGGUAUGAUGGCGGCCUCUCCGCGGGACCUCAACGACCUGCCGGACUACGAGGACGACGUGCGCUCGCUCGAUAAGCUCAUCGACGGCCACAACAUCACCACCGAUGACCACAACAUGUGGCUGAUCCCUUUCUCCUUCGGGGAGCCACACACCUUGAAGGUGACGUUCCCCGAGGCCCAGACUGUGGCUGGGCUCCGUGUCUGGAACUACAACAAGUCCCCCGAGGACUCUUACCGAGGGGUGAAGGUCGUCCAUGUCUUCAUGGACGAUGUCGCCGUCUCCCCAGCGGAGGGAUUCCUGAUCCGGAAAGGACCGGGCAACUGUCACUUUGACUUCGCCCAGGAGAUCCUCUUCAUCGACUUCCUCCAGACGCCCACAGACGACAGGACUGCAGAGAACUUCCACAGAGCACGCUCUAAGAAACCAGAAGAGGCCAGCAUGGACUAUGAAGCUCCCAUCAUGCCCUGCGGGUUCAUCUUUCAGCUGCAGCUGUUGACCACCUGGGGAGACCCGUACUACAUCGGCCUCAACGGCCUGGAGUUCUACGACCAGAACCACGAGAAGAUCGCUCUCAGCGACAACAACAUCGCUGCCUUUCCAGACAGCGUGAACGUGCUGGACAACGUGAGCGGGGACGUGAGGACUCCGGACAAGUUAAUAGCCGGAGUCAACUGCACCUCGGACGGGAGGUGCAUGUGGUUGUCCCCGGUGCUGCCCGGACUGGUGAACCGCGUGUACGUCAUCUUCGACCAGCCAGUGACGGUGUCCAUGAUCAAGCUGUGGAACUACUCCAAGACGCCUCAGAGGGGGGUGAAGGAGUUUGGGCUGCUGGUGGACGACCUGCUGGUGUACAACGGCGUGUUGGACUGCGUGGGCCACGUGGCGAGGGGCAUCCUGCCCACCUGUGAGGCGGCGGCGCCGUACCACACCAUCCUGUUCACGGACAACGCCUGCAUCGCCCACCGCGAGAGGAACACCGUCGUCAGCCCUCGUGGCAGCAGACACCACCACCACCACCUACACAAUUAUGUGGAGGACCAGGACGUGAAGAUGACCAACGAGAAUCAGAUCGUCCAUCACAACAAGAAGAAGCAGCAGGCAGCCGACCCAGCUCUUCGGCCGAAAACCUGCAUGACCGAGGGGGGGAAACCCGGAAAGAGGAGGUACUGACAGAGCAGAACUGAGAGGGAGGUACUGAGAGCCGAGCGGCUUGCGAGGUCCACGCCGAAGAGGACACACACACACACACACACACAGGACUCCACUUUAUGGUUGGGCCGGCCCCCCUCCCACACCCACGUUAUGCAGCGGCCCCUCCCACGGCGAGGCUGCAUUUUAUCAGUCUUUAUUGUGCCUCGUGCUUAACACUAUAUACGUGGCUGCUAAUGUGACUUCUGUGCUGCAUAUUUAAAUGCUGCUUGUGGCGUGCAAAUACUGAUGGAAAGUUCCCAGGCCUCAUCAGGAUGUGGCUGUUGAUGAAUGGUUUGAGACAAACGGCUCUAAUGGGAACCAGUCCCUCCAGUGCACCAAUGGUAAUGCUAUGCAGACACUUAUUUCUAUCUGGUGAGGGUUUAUAUCUGUGGGCUGAUGUAUUUACACGGUUUUACUCGGCAAAGUGCAAUUCGCCCUUUUCAAAGAUUUAUAUCAACACUUGUCGUUGGAAAAAGGUCCGAUUUUUGUACGUUUGAACCUGAACGGACACUAAGCUCCACACACUUGAAUCUUGAAAGAUCGAUUUUGGCUUCAAAAAAAUAGGUUUUUCUGCUUUUCAUCAGGUAGGGAAAAAAAAAGUGACCUUUAAUCAAAGUUUUAUUAAACUUUUAUGGAGGCAAACAUUUCAUGAGCCAGUAAAGCUCUUUGAGAAUUAGGUUAGAAAUAGAAAGAAAAUAUCUACAUUUGCCAAACUAGAUUUUGAGUAUACUCGUUAACAGGCAACUUCUAAUAUGCAAAUACUAUAACCUUACCUCAAGCUGAGAAGAUUGAUCGUUAAAAGGGAUUCAUCGGAUUCUACCGUCACUAUAUUACUUAGUCAAUGUUGUACUAUUCAGUCAUUCAAUAUUUACUAACUUGUUGCAUGGGAAGCUUAGCUAAUAGCAUCAUAAAAUGUUAGAUAUUUUGAGUUUUACUGCUUCAUUGAGCCCCGUUAUAUUUCAUUCCUCAUGAUGGGAGUGAUUGGAGUUUUCUGUAUUUAAUUUCAGCGUGUCCAAGUGGUCAUUAUACCUGUAUUAUUAUUAUUAUUACUCAGUGCUGCCCUGAAGGGUGGAGGCUGAAUUGUAUGUGUGACACCUAUUGUUUUGAUAUAUUUAUUUUUCUAAUCUUUAUUAAAUAUGUAUAUUUGAUGUAGCCUUA